AUGGCUACAGCAGGGAAUGACGGCACAUCUGUUGCUAUUACUGGGCUCUCGUGUCGCUUUCCUGGCGAUGGAGAUAACCCAAGUAAUUACUGGAAGUUGGUGAGCGAAGGGAAAUCGGCAUGGUCCAUGAUACCUAAAGAGCGCUUUAAUGGAGAUGCAUUCUGGGCUGGUGGCAAGAAGGGCCACGGAAGUAUUACCAAAAGUGGUCACUUCCUCAAGCACGAUGUCUCACACUUCGACGCCAAUUUCUUUAAUAUUUCAGCUUUGGAAGCCAAUGCGAUGGACCCCCAACAUCGGCUCGCAUUGGAAGUCGUGUAUGAAGCCUUGGAAUCUGCAGGCUAUUCAGUCAAAGACCUAGCAGGCACGCGCACAGGAGUGUUUAUGGGUCAUUUCACAAGUGACUACAAGGAACUUGUUAUAAGCGAUACCGAUGGGAUACCGCCCUUUGCUCUGGACACGGCAUGUUCCUCGUCGUUAGUAGCAUUCCACCUCGCUUGUCAGAGCUUGCGUACCGGAGAAUCAGAUAUCGCCAUUGUGGGCGGCACAAAUGUGCUCCUGAACCCUGACAUGUUUGUGGCUUUUUCUGGUCAGGGCUUUCUCUCUCCAGAUGGCAAGUGCAAAAGCUUUGAUGCGUCCGGCGACGGAUACGGGCGCGGCGAAGGUGUCGCUGCCAUAGUAUUAAAACGAGUCGAUGAUGCCAUCGUGGCACUGGAUCCUCUUCGAGCAAUCAUCCGUGCAACUGGCUCAAACCAAGAUGGACACACGAAGAGCUUGACACUUCCGAGUGCCGAUGCACAGGAGGCGUUAAUACGAGAUGUAUACCGGCUUGCGAAGUUAGAUUUUGACCAGACCGGCUACGUGGAGGCUCAUGGUACAGGCACACAGGCUGGUGAUACUACGGAAACGUUGGCCUUGUCCAGGACAAUUGCCAAGGGCCGUUCGUCUAAGAAUAAGCUCGUGGUCGGAUCAGUGAAGGCCAAUAUUGGUCACCUCGAGGCUGCGUCUGGGUUGGCCGGCGUCAUUAAGAGUGUGCUCAUGCUGGAGCACGGCGUCAUUCCACCAAACAUUCACUUUCAUAACCCAAAUCCCAAGAUAGACUUUGAGAAUUGGAACAUCCAGAUUCCUACUCAAUUGAUGAAGUGGCCGAGCCAAGGAACACGGCGCAUCAGCAUCAAUUCAUUCGGCUACGGUGGGACCAAUGCUCAUGCAAUCCUUGAUGAUGCGUAUUCAGAGGAAGAGGAGGAGGACGAUGAAUGCAACUCCCAACCGAAUACACCGCGAAUUUAUAUAGAUGAGCUGCAUGAUGAUGAUUCACAAGCAGAGAAGUACCUCGCAGACCUGGCCUACACACUCAGCGACAAGCGUUCAAGAUUACAGUGGAAAACUUUCGCCCUAGCUUCAUCCCUGGAUGAGUUAGCUGAUGUCCUGGAAUCCGCUGACGGUGGCAGAAUAGAGGUCAUGUCAUCCAGCGUGCCGCGUCUCGGAUUCGUCUUCACCGGCCAAGGAGCGCAAUGGGCCACCAUGGGAAUGGCACUUAUGGCAUUUCCAGAAUUCAGCGCCAGCAUCGAGGCAGCGGAUGUAUUCCUUAAGAAAACCCUUGGCUGCCCAUGGUCAGCGCGGGCUGAGCUUUCUCGCGGCAAGGGAACCUCCCGCCUAGGACUCGCGCUCUAUUCGCAGACGCUGUGUACCGUACUGCAGGUUGCCCUUGUUGACCUAUUACGCAAAUGGGACGUUGUUCCCGAUGCCGUUGUUGGUCACUCAAGCGGAGAGAUUGGUGCAGCGUACUGCGCAGGAUAUCUUUCUCGUGAAGAUGCCUGGCGAAUCGCCUACUGUCGUGGCGUGGUUUGCUCAAACAUGAAGACUGCGGCACCAGACCUGGAAGGGGCCAUGAUGGCUGUCGGUGCAUCACCAGAUACUUGCUCAGCCUUUAUUGAGCGAGAUGCAGCAGCUAUAAUCUCAUUACAAGCGGCGCUACAAGAGGAAAACAUAUUUGCGCGCAAGCUUCUAGUGGAUACGGCCUAUCACUCGAAGCAUAUGAAGCUUGUAGCGGAGCAAUAUGCAAAAGCAAUUGCAGCUAUCCAGCCUCGACCAAACACAACCACAGGCGGUGACGCAGCCUGCAAGAUGUACUCCAGUGUAACCGAAUCCGAGAUCACAUACAAAGACCUGGGACCCGAUUACUGGGUUCGGAACUUGGUCUCACCAGUGAAAUUCGCCACAGCUAUACAGAACUUGAUGCGCCCUGACGCAGAGGCACGAUCCAGUGGCACAGACGCCGUCGACAUCCUCGUCGAGAUUGGUCCACACACCGCGCUUCGGGGGCCAGCAACUCAAAGUAUCCAAGCACUAGGCGUUAACAACAAGCCAUAUAUGUCAGCCGUAGUACGCAAUGAAAGCGCGGUUGAAACGACGCUGAACUUGAUAGGCAUGCUGAUAGCAUACGGUAGACCUGUGGAACUUGCGUCUCUGAAUGGGACAGUGACUGGGAAAAAUAAAAUACUAGUCGAUCUCCCAUCCUAUCCAUGGAAUCAUGCACAGCAGUACUGGUCCGAAUCACGUCUAGCACGCGGACGCAAAGACCGACCUGUAUCUGCUAGCAGUUUACUGGGUUCGCCUGUUCCAAGCUUCUUGGAGGGAGAACGAGUGUGGCGUGGCUUUUUGCGUCUAUCAGAAGAACCCUGGAUGGCAGACCAUAACAUUCAAGACUCUGUCCUUUAUCCUGGAGCGGGCUUUUUGGCCAUGGCGAUCGAGGCUGCAUUGCAAGGUGCAGACAUAACACGCAAGGUCAAGGGCUUGAGCUUGCGGGACAUUGAGUUCUUAUCGGCUAUGCUUGUACCAGAAGAUGAAGAGCUUGAACACACUAUAACUCUGAGACCUCACUUACUAGUUACUAAUUCUUCGGAAGAGCUGUGGAAUGACUUUGUUAUAUGCAGUUCGCCUGAUCGCAAAUCUCUUGUACGGAAUUGCCGAGGGCUCAUACGCGUCUGCUAUGAUGACUCGGGUGUAGAAAACCUGAUCACUGAAAAGGAAGCCCAGGAAGAUCCUGGAUUGCUGCGGUAUAAGCAGGCAUCAACUUCAUGCAAAGAAGAGCAGCAUCCGGCUGAGUUCUACCAGACGCUUACCGACUUGGGAUAUAACUAUGGCCUAACUUUUGCCAACAUCACCGAGGUUUCGGUAGGUGACGGCCAGAGCCGCGGUUCUGUGACCAUUCCAAGUGUUGGCCUACACGAUACACAAAGGCCACAUGUAAUCCACCCCGCGACCUUGGAUGCCAUGUUCCAUCUGGCCUUCGCAGCCGCCAAUAGCAAUCAUCUAAGCAAGCUGACCGUACCUAUGGUGCCCAAGUCCAUGGAUGAGAUGUAUAUCUCCACCGACAUACCAUACUUGGCGCAAACCAAAUUGAAAGGCUACUCAAAAGCUCGUAAGCUCGGGUCCAGAAGGCUGUUGAAGGCAACAAUCGGGAUCGUGGAUGAAGAGGAGCAACGGUCAGUUCUCGAAAUCUCCGGGCUACACUGCACUGAGAUCGCGCAGACAAGCGCUGCCCAGAAGACAGCCGUGCUGGCCCGAAAGAUGUGUAGCAAGCUAGUCUGGAGGCCAUCGAUCAACUUCAUUACCAACGAAGAUAUUCAGCGCAUUGUUUCUAUAUCAACAGAGCGAUCAACACAGACGAGCAAUUAUCAGCAGCUAUCUGAGUUCAUCAACAUCAUCCACCAUACAACCCCGACGAUGCGCAUUGUAGAACUAGCGCAAGAAAGCUCUACUUUUGCUCAAGAUAAAACUCUUUUGGAAGAUGUGCUGCAGAGAGCAAAUUACACAACCUUCGGAUACGAUGGAAAGACCAAAUCUGGACCAGGGGAUUCUUCUCCUGCGGCCGAAGGAGUUACUCUACAAGCUGAUCAAAAUUUGUUCCAGGAACACGCCAGAACAGCUGAUCUCGUCGUCUGCUCAGCAAUAUCUUCGGCGCCGUCAAACAUUGCCAAUAAUGCAAGGCUUCUGCUCAAGGAGGAUGGAAGGGUUUGCGCAAUUGAAGCCCCAGAACAAGUGGCAACAGCAAAAUCCGUUCUUCAAGAAGCCGGCUUCACGAACUUUUUCCAAUUUGGGGGCUCUGCCUCUGGCGAGCCUGUAUUCCUUGUUGGCUCUUUGGAGAGUAGCGAGAAUAUUGCUGGUGCUGGCCUAAAAGAAAAGGACAUCGUGCUAAUUCAACCAGCUAAUGCGAAUGAAUCUGUUACCGCAGCGGCGGAGCAACUAAAGAGAACACUAUCAGCUCUUGGCUAUGGCGCAUCCAUUCACACCUGGGGCAUUGACAACGUAUCUGCUCUCAAAAACAAGGACUGCGUCGCUCUUCUUGAAGCCCAAUCCGCUGUCUUGGAAUCACUGGCAGAGAAGGACUUUUAUGCUGUGCAAAAGCUCAUCACCCAAUGCAAAAGUCUUCUCUGGAUUGAUGCACUGGAUGAUGCCAGGAAAGGUCUGAUCAAUGGUUUGACACGAGUUGUACGCAACGAAAUCCCGGGAAGCCAGCUCCAGACUCUUCACGUAUCAUCAGCAAGUCUGUCACAACCGAAGCGUCUUUCACAUUUGAUUUGUCAGGUGUUGGGCUCGAAAACUUCUGACAACGAGUUUACUGUUGAAAACGACAUGAUAUAUACCAGCCGUGUUGUUAUAGAUGAGGAACUGAGUGCCGAGAUUGACGAAGCGCAACAGGCCGGCGCCGAUGCAACUAGUCAUGUUCCAUUGGCUAGCAUAGAUGCUCCUCUAAGCUUAACCAUGACCAGCACUGGUACAGUAUGCUUUAAACGCGAUAGCGUCCCGACAGCAGAUCUCGAGGGCGACGAGGUAGAGAUCAAUGUCAAAGCAAGCACUAUCAGCUCUAAUCACCUAUUUUCCGAUAGUGAUGAGCCUCUCAUAUUUGAAGCAGCGGGUGUGAUUGUUCGCGUUGGAUCCAGCGUGACGAAAUUUCAGCCUGGUGACUCGGUAGUCACGUAUAGUCUUGGCCUCGCAGGCCAGACUUUGCAGAGGACUAAAGCAGAUUUUUGUCAUCUUUUACCUUCGGGAUACACAUUCACAGAAGCAAUCAGUGGGGCUGCUGCUCAUGCGGCAGCUUGGUACGCUUUGGACCGAAUCACUCGGAUUCAGAGCGGACAAUCGAUAUUGAUCCAUGCUGCAGCGGAAGAUGUUGGCCAAGCUGCAAUUCAGAUCGCACGUAACUACAACGUGGAAAUUUACGCCACCAUCAAGGAAGAGGGGGAGCGAGAACUGCUAUGCGACGCAUAUGAUGUUCCGAGUGAUCACAUCUUCAACCUGCAAGAUUCCCAUGCUGUGGACAGUAUCAAGCAGAUGACGAACGGCGGUGGUAUCGACAUCAUCCUCGGCUCACCACGAAAUGCGGCUCACAGACAAACGUCACAAUGCCUUGCAGCCUUUGGUACUUUCGUAGAGAUUGGUCUACUCGACAGCUCAUACAGCAAGGUGUUGGACGCAACUUUUGUCCCUCAAGACACAACGUUCAGCUCUUUUAGCCUCAGCCACAUUGCCCGCAAGAGUCCUCAGCUUAUGACUCAAAUCAUAGCCGCCGUUUUCGAACUCCACUCCAAAGGAAUUACGAAGCCCAUAGCUUCUUCCAAAGUUUUUUCGGCCUCUGAAGUGGAGAGCGCAGUUCAGUAUGCGCAGACAGAGGGACAAGACAAGACGAUCAUAUUAUCAUGGAAUGAUGAUGACUCUGUACCUUUGAUGGGAUCUGGUGAACGUCAACCCAUUGACCUAAACCUAAGAAGCGAUGCAUGCUAUAUCCUCGUUGGUGGUCUUGGUGGUCUGGGCCGCAGUCUAGCCAUCAUGCUUGCGGAAAACGGUGCACGAAAAUUGUGCUUCCUUUCGCGAUCAGGGGCAGCUUCAGCCUCAGCCAACGAUCUUAUCAGCGACCUUGAAGAGCUCGGCGUGCAGGUUCGAUGUCUGCAGUGCGAUGUAUCAGAGAUAUCGGCACUCAAGAACGCCUUAGACGUCUGUUCAGCAGAGCUUGGCCCAGUACAAGGUGUGAUCCAGUGUGCGAUGGUGUUACGAGACACCCUCUUUACCAACAUGUCAUAUAUUCAGUGGCAGGAAUCCACGCUUCCCAAGGUUCAAGGAACGCAAAAUCUCCACAAAGCAUUGCCUGACGUCGAUUUCUUUGUGGCGCUUAGUUCUUUUGCUGGUACAUUUGGCAAUCGUGGCCAGAGUAACUAUGCAGCAGGGUGCGCAUACCAAGAUGCCCUUGCCCUUCAGCGUCGCGAUGAAGGAAAGAAAGCCACAACUCUUGACGUUGGCCUUAUGCGUGACAUAGGCGUUCUGGCAGAAAACGGCAUGACAGACAAUCUCAAGGAAUGGGAAGAGCCAUAUGGUGUCCGUGAGGGCGAGCUACGAAACCUGGUCAAACUGGCAAUUGCCGGCCGUCUGCCCGCCCAAGUCUUAACCGGCCUUGCUACUGGCGGUAGCGCUGUAGUAGCCGGUAUUCCUCCUCCUUUCUAUCUUUCGGAUGCCAAGUUCUCUAUCAUGGCUACGACAGAUCUUGAAAAAAUAGAGGCAGAAGAUGUCGAUACUUCGCGGGCGCUACAUUCUUACGGCUUAGACUCUCUCGUCGCUAUCGAGAUUGUUGACUGGGCUCUAAAGGAGGUCGAAGCCCGUGUUAGUGUUUUUGAUAUUAUGGCAGCUGUGCCAAUUACUGCAACAGCUAGUAAGAUUGCAAAUGCGUCGGCGCUUUGUAGCAAGGAAUAG